AUGAAACACCAAAGAUAUCUCACCACCCAAGUCUUACCUGGCAGACCAAAGGGCUCGCUGGAGUUAUUGGCACCGCUCUCGGGUCACCUUGACUACGAGGCUAAGGACCCCGUGAGAAACGCUUCUCAUUCGGCUCGCGGAGUCCUCCAUGCCCACAGAGAGGUGCCCAGGAAGAAGCCUGGCGUGGCAAACAAAACUAAAGAAGAGCCGACCGUCGGAGGGUGUUGCAGAAGCGUAGAAGAACAAAAUGGAGAGCUCUGCGGGGGAAGACGCGAGCUUCCUGUCGCGUUCUUGCUACUGGCGACCGGAGGAGGCGUCGUCAGAGGCUUCAUUUCAAGUUGGCGUUCUGCAAAGCCAGCUGCGGAGCGCGCGCGCGCGCGCGCGGCGAUAGCCGGCUUCCGGCUCCUUGCGCAUGCGCCCUGGCGGCGGGGAAGGCGGGAGGCCGGGGCGAGCCUGGAACCGGAAGUGAAGGCAGCUUCCCGCCUCCGUCCCCGUUGCUGCCGCCAUACACGCUCGCAGUGCUUAGAGAACGAUGUGGACAAUGAGCUCUUGGACUACGAAGACGACGAGGUGGAGACAGCCGCUGGGGCAGAUGGGACCGAGGCUCCCGCCAAGAAAGACGUCAAGGGUUCCUACGUCUCCAUCCACAGCUCCGGCUUCCGAGAUUUUCUACUCAAGCCAGAGCUGCUCCGGGCCAUCGUUGACUGUGGCUUUGAGCAUCCAUCAGAGGUCCAGCAUGAGUGCAUCCCGCAGGCCAUUCUGGGGAUGGAUGUCCUGUGCCAGGCCAAGUCAGGCAUGGGAAAAACAGCAGUGUUUGUCCUGGCCACACUGCAGCAGCUGGAGCCUGUUACUGGGCAGGUGUCUGUGCUGGUGAUGUGUCACACUAGGGAGCUGGCUUUUCAGAUCAGCAAGGAAUAUGAGCGCUUCUCUAAGUACAUGCCGAAUGUCAAGGUGGCAGUGUUUUUUGGCGGUCUGUCUAUCAAGAAGGACGAAGAGGUGCUGAAGAAAAACUGCCCACACAUCGUCAUGGGGACUCCUGGCCGAAUUAUAGCCCUGGAUCAAAUAAGAGCCUGAACCUCAAACACAUUAAACACUUUAUUUUGGAUGAGUGUGACAAGAUGCUUGAACAGCUCGGUGAGUGGCGGUGCCCAGGCUGCAGCUCAGGUGGUUUGGGGAGCAGCCCUUUGAGCCAAAUGAUGUAUGUUUGACAUAGGAGCACUUGUGUGCAAGGACGACCCUUAUCUAUCACCCAUGACUGAUGGCUCUGGG